AUGGGAUCGCUAAGUCCACAGCUAUACGACCAGACGGUCCACACGAUUUAUAUACCGGAAGAUGUCCGCAAAUCGGGGGUUGCAACUCCUGAAAUUAUAGCAGAAGGCGCUGCAUUCUUGCACAAGGACGGUAUCAUCGUGCUCGACAAUGCCAUUGAUGUGGCACAUGUCGACGCCCUGAACGCCAAACUCACGCCGGAGGCUUUGGAAAUAGCCAAAAACCCGGACCAUCACUUCAACUUUGGCAAGCACACCUCGAACAUGGACCAAGCACCCCCACCGACCAAGGACCUGAUGUUCAAGGACAUCUGGUGCAACCCUUUCGCCGCCGCCAUACUCGCCGCCGUCCUCGGUCCACGGCCCGUGGUACACUACGCCAACGGAAACACCGCCCUCAAGGCUGGCCCGGACGGUCGACAGCCCGUCCACUCAGACUGCGAAUUCACCCACCCGGCCUACUUCUCCUUUGCCCAAGUAAUCAACAUCGCCCUCGUCGACACGUCGGCGCGCAACGGCGCAACGGAGGUCUGGCCGGGCUCGCAUCACGUCAGCGUGCACGACGCGCACGUCUCGGGCAAAGACAACGAAGAGCAGCUGCCCAUCAAGCCGGAGCUGCUGGAGCUGCGGCGCCGGCAUUCCCCGCCUGUACGAGCCUGCACCAAGAAGGGCAGCCUGGUGAUUCGCGAUCUACGGCUGUGGCACGCGGGUAUGCCGAACCUGACGGACGAGCCGCGCGUGAUGCUGGCGUUUGUGGCGCAGCCUGCCUGGUUUCAGGCAAAGAGCAAGAUACUGUUACCGGAGAAUGUAAGGGAGAUGGUGGAGGGGUGGGGUGGGGAGUUGCAGUUUGAUGCUGAGUAUGUGCAGGGAGAGGUGGACCACAAGACGCUGCGCAGUGAGGGUGUCGAUUUUGAUACCAAGAGCGAGGCGUUGAAUCGUUUUAGGGAUGAGUUGAGCAGGUGGCCGGACUAUACACCACGGUGGUAUUGA